AUGUGUGUCUAUCGGAUUUUAUUAAUCAAUUCCGUCGAGGUUUCGCAUAGAAUGGACACCAUUUCGGGCUCCGGCUUCCCGGUCGAAAACCCAUCGCCUUUUCAUUCAUCCUCACACUAUCCUCAUGGAUAAUGAAUGGAGUAAUCCGGCUUGCGGAGCCCCAUGUUAGUGGAAUCAUUGCCAGCUGUUCGAAGGUGGCGUGAAAUCUGUGUCAAUGUCGGAAAGCAAGACUCUCCAAUCGAAAAUCACAUCAGAGCAAGCUCGUCGCUUGUUCGAACGCAACGCCUUUCUCAUCAUCAAUGACCUCCCUCGCGGAUCACAGAUUACCAUUGACGGUCUAGAGGCGUACAUUACAGACACAGAGUUUCAAGGCUUCAAGCUCCUUCCUGCUGGCUGGCAUCUCGUGGCUUGGACGGCGGCCUCGACUUCGGCGGCAGCUGCCGUUGGACAAGAAGGACUUCGCUGCGCUUUCUUUCGAUACUUUGACACAGCCCAAGUGGUCGUCCGCCGCUACGAUGCUGCUUCAGAUAGAUUGGUUCACCCAGAAGCAUCGCCACCGGGUCGAGCUUCUCGAAGUUCGCGCUCAAAAGACGGUCCGAAAUUGCCGGAGGGCACGGUCGCUUCACUCGAUCAUUUGCGCAGCCUGGAUCAUAAGUUGGCUCCAUAUCCACUGCACAAGUUAGCAGACUGGACGCUGGCAACGCAAAAUCUGCAGAGCGUGGAUCGCAACGAGGCUCACGAACUCCUCACUGCUAUCAUUGGCAGGGACGACGAGAGUGGUGAUUAUUGGACAGACGCGUUGGCUUCCGUCGAGCCAAUGGAGCUGGAUGCAAUGAUGCCGCAGAGCUCCGCUCAUGGACGCGCGCUCAGUCGUCAAGAGAGAGGAGACAAAGCACAAGCAGCAGAGAUUGAACUCGACAAAAUCCUUGCUCGUGGUCGGCAAGUCAGGCAGUUCGGAAAGCAGCAAGAGGACAAUAAACGCGCAUCCAUUCUCAGAAAUGGUGAGGCCUCAAUGCCGAGUUUCGCGGAUGAGCCUGCUCCCCCUGUACGACUCCCGGUCAUGGACGUCAGACGCAGCUGGCCACCAGGAGCAACUGGACAGGAACUGACGCGCUGGUGCGUCGACAAAAGCUGGUUGCUGAUCUCUCUGGCGCAGUCAUGCCAGAAGGUCUGCAGUGGUAAUCGGAAACUGGCGCCUGGGCAGGACUUUGAUCCGAUCUUGGUCGUCUUUGAGCUUUCCUUUUUGCUCUUCGUCUUCGUGCAGAAUAGUGUCUGCAUGUCCUAUUGGAACGAUUUCGUCACGCUGUUCUGUAAUGCGCCAGCGCUGCUCGGUGCACCAGGCGACUUUGAGGAGCAUCCAGCAUACGCGACAGACGCUGCUCACGUGCAGCCACGUCCUUCUCUUGUCGCGAGCUUCUUGCGGUCCCUUUGUGCGCAAUUCAACCUCUUACCUGAAGACUUCUUCAGCUCACCGGAGAGUCGCAUCGAGGGUAUGCAGGAACAGCUGACUUCGAAUUUGGCCAAAUGCCGAACCAACGUAGCAAGGGCAUUAGCAGCGAGUGCGGCGGCUGAGCAAGAGAACAAUACGAUCGAGUAUGAAAAGCUGCUGUCUGCGUGGCGCGCGCUCUCAAACACAAUGCGCUCGAGAUUUGGCAUUGAACUCGAACGCGAGCUUGACGAAGAAGUGGAGGUGCGCCAGGCUAGCGCCAUUGCCCAAGGUCGCGGUAACCAUGUGGGACUGGAUGAAGACAUUGAAUUGGAAAAAGGCGAGGACGCACCCGUUGUUGUAGAGUUGUGA